AAUCCAGAGAGGCAGUCGUAUCAAAUUAUUCAAAAUGAGUCAACAGAACAAGAAUGCAACCUCUUCCACUCAAGCAGACCACCCCCCGGGGAAGCGAAAACGAGGUCGUCCACGUAAGGAUGAGAAAGCUCAUCCCCCUCUACCUCCCCCAUCUGUUGAUCCAAAAACAAUUCAGCACGUCGAAGUUGAUUUAGGCGACGACAUUGACGAUGACAUGGUAGGUCAGGUGGUUUCCGGUGUCAUUGAAGGGUCUUUUGAUGCUGGGUAUUUUCUCACCGUCAGGGCUGCCAACGACACCAACAAGCUUCUCCGCGGCGUGGUAUUUCAGCCAGGCUUGUUCACUCCUAUCACCGCAUCAAAUGAUGUCGAUCCACAAGCUAAGAUGCACACUAGAAGAGAAUUUCCCAUCCCGGUCCUCAAUCCACAAGGUCCGGUUAACGGUUCUUUAUCACAAUCAGAACAAAAAAAUGAGCAGUCAAGUGCCCAAAUUUCACUUCCUGACCAAUCUGCCUCUGUUACAGUAGUACCUGUAACUGAUAAUUUGAUAAAGAAUGAUUAUGAUUCAUCUGUUUGCUUGGGAGGAAAAUAUAUGCCCCAGGAAAAUUUUGAGUCUGGAGUUGAGAAUUUCACUCUCUUGGGAGGCGAAAACCUGCCACAGCUUAAGGGUGAGUUCGGACUUGAGAAACAAUCUACACCUCAUUUCGAGCAUGGUAAAAUUGUCGAACAUGAGAGGAUGAUGCAGGAAUUUGAAGCUUCGACUAUGUCAAAUGGACCUAAACUUGAUGUAAAAGGAUCAGAAAAUAUGAUGCUUGAAAUAGCAUCUAAAAUCACUGCUGAUACUUUUCCAGGGAAUGAAGAAGCGGUGACACGGGUUCAAGCUCAGGCUGUGGAUUCUGCACUUGAGGCAAGUGAAUUGGCUCACCAAACUCAGCUAGCUGCUGAACUUAGACUUGUGACCGGUGAACCAAUUAGCAAACCCGUGAACACAACUGAGAACCCUUUGUCCAUGAAAACUGGUAUGCCACAAACUAUACAGUCAGAGUUGGCUCAAAAUCCAGCAAGAGAUGAUGAAACUAAUGAAAGUGCAUUUGGUGAUGUUGCUGACAAAACUAAAGGAGUUUUCACAUAUGGAAGAAGCGGCGCAAUGUGAAUCUGAGCUUGACAUAACUGAAGGAGGACUUUUAGUCUGUUCAUCAAAUUCCAACCAACCUGUAAUGUUGAGGCACAAAGAUUCGAGAAUCAACAGCUAAAGAAAGAUAGAGAAUCAA